AUGAAUUAGUAACAAUAUAAUGAAAUGUUUACAGCAUUCUAAACAAAUAAGAUUUUAGUAGAACAAUUCGAUAUAUACCUUAAGUAAAAAGUAUUAUUAUUGAUUUUUAUGAAGUGUGGUCAUUUUUAUGAUGAACAUUUGUUUUAAUAAUUAAUUGAAUUAUCUUUAAAUAAUGGAGUAAUAGAUUUAGAGUGUUUUAUUAAUUAAUACAAUGAAACAGUUGAUACUUUAUAAUAUCGUUCAGAAAUAUUAAAUAAUAAGAUCAAGGAAUUAAAAGUGUUAAAUCAAUAAUUGAGUGAUUAAUUAAAUUCAAAUGCACUUUAAUAGAACUCUUUAACAAUUUAAAUUAUGGAUUGUCAAAACAUUGAAAUAAGAGAUCCAAGUGUUUAUUUAUAAAUCUGUUGUGGAGCCAAAACACACAAAACUAGAAUAAUUAAAGGAGUGAGUCCAUAAUUUUAAGAGUAAUUUGAAUUCCCAAUAGACUCUGGUUGUUAGGAUAUCAUAAUAACACUUUUUGAUAGUGUAAUAUAUUGAAUUAAUUUUAGAUGAAUGAAAAUAUGAUUGGUUAUACUUAAUUUUUGAUUUCUGAAUUGAGAGAAUAAAAAUUAAAAGACAUUAGUGUAAAUUUAUAAAGAUAGGAUAAUAUGAAAAUUAAAACUAAAUUGCAUGUGAUUUUAAAAUUUAAUCAUUCAAAAGUAAGUUUCUUCUAAUUUAGGAAAGCCUAUACAAAUAAGAACAAUAAAAAUUAAAUCAUGAAAUAAAUUAAAACAAUAUAGAGAUGAAAGAAACAUAAUAAGCCUUGAAUUGUCUUGCAAAGGUUUUUAGUGGAGGAUGUAUCAAAAUAAGAUAAUUACCACCAAUUUUGGAAAUAAAAGAAUUUGAAUUAAAAUGUUUGGAUACUUUAAAUGAUGCAUUAUAAGAGAGAAUAUAAGAUUGGGUACCUUUAUUUUAUAAAUUAACUGGAUUAGUAGUUGCAUUAUCUGUAAUGAUUAGUUUAUAUAGAUGUUAAUUUAUGGAAGUAUUAAACAUUUUAUUAAUAUUAGUUAACAUUGUUAGCAAUUAUGAUGUAACUAUUAAUCCUUAGAGAUAUUAACCAAAAAUGGAUGAGAAUAUUCACAUAUCUAUUUGCUGUCUUAUUCCUUUAUGAUUUACUCUGGCUUUAUAUAUGUGGAGGAGUAAUAAUAAUCAAUUAUUUUAGAGCUACGGUAUAACUAAAGGAGAAUAACAUAUUAACAAAUUUGUGACAGCACUAAGUUAUAUUGAACUCUUAACUAAAAUUCCAUUUACUAUAGUUUUGUGGAAACAUUCAGUAGAGUUUGAAUAGUUUUUAUCAUAUUUUAUAUGA